AUGGACGACGUCCGUGGGGAGCGCGAGGUGGCAGCGUGGCUUGAGGACGUGCAUCCGAGCGAAACACGCCGCGAUGCGCGCUCUAUCUUUGCGACCUACUUUGCGGAGCUGCCUGGCCCGCUUGCGCGCGUCGUCGGCGAGUGCCUGACGCCCGAGGAGCGGAGCAGCCACCCGCUCGUGCGCGAGCGGCGGCGGCGCUUUGCCGCGAGUGCGCCGGAAGAGCUGUCUGUGCGAGCGCAGCGUGCGCACGAUCCUGCGCGCUGGCGGCGGACUGUCGGCACAGGGCAGGACGAAGAAUUCGAGGAUCUCGAUCUCGAGACGGAGCUGCGGCACGAUGCCCAAGUCGAGCGCCGCGACGAAGGGCACGGGCGGAGCGCGCCGCCCGACGGGGGCAGCGAGGUGCGUGCCGCGCAACAUACGGACGGCGUCGAAGCGCCACGCCCGCCCUCUGAAGCGCCCGAGCGUGCGUCGGGAGCGCAUGGGCCAGGAGCGGCCGCGCCACCCUCCGACGCGCCGCUCGCGACCGACGGCACCCUACGGAAUCUGCACCAAAAGUACCUGGAUGCGAUCGAUGAUGACGCUGAUGAGCCCGCCGACGCGGCGCUUCUUGCCGAGUUUGCGCAGGCGACGCUCGGCCGCUUUGUGCGUGGCCAGCUCCCCGUCUCGUACGCGUGUGACUACGACGAGCGUUGGGAUGUGCGUGGUGCGCAGGAUCAUAGCAACGAGCGCCUGCGCGAGGAUGCGUGGUUCGAUGAUGAGUAG